AUGGCUGUGUUCACCACACCGAGCACUCAUCCUUCUUUGCAUCAACAAAACACAGUGUUGGGCAAUGAGAUAAAACAUCAUUACGACUAUGUUGGAAAGAGCGACCGAAUAAAUAAGGCAAAGGGCAUAGACCUGACCACUAUUGCACUUCUAAUCAUCUGUAGCUUCAUCAUCCUGGAGAACCUGAUGGUGCUGAUUGCCAUAUGGAAAAACAACAAGUUUCACAACCGCAUGUACUUCUUUAUUGGCAAUCUAGCCCUCUGUGACCUGCUGGCUGGGAUUGUUUACAAAGUGAACAUCUUGACAUCAGGGAGCAACACUGUGUUUCUUACACCGAAGAUGUGGCUUGUCCGGGAAGGUAGCAUGUUCGUGGCUCUAGGAGCGUCCACUUUCAGCUUGUUAGCCAUCGCUAUUGAAAGACAUUUGACUAUGAUCAAAAUGAGGCCAUAUGAUGCUAAUAAAAAGUACAGGGUCUUCUUGCUUAUUGGAACAUGCUGGUUUAUCUCGGUCUCCUUGGGUGCCUUACCAAUUCUUGGUUGGAACUGUCUUGGCAAUUUACCGGACUGUUCCACUGUAUUGCCACUCUAUUCUAAGAAGUAUGUAGCAUUUUGCAUCAUCAUCUUCAUUGCCAUUCUAGUGGCUAUCGUCAUCCUUUAUGCACGCAUUUACAUCUUGGUAAAGUCCAGUAGCCGUAAUGUCACUAAUCACAGCAACUCAGAGAGGUCCAUGGCAUUGCUUAGGACAGUAGUGAUUGUUGUGGGAGUUUUCAUUGCCUGUUGGUUGCCAUUGUUUAUUCUGCUGCUGAUUGAUGUGGCAUUCAAAACAAAGUGGCCCAUUUUAUACAAAGAAGAUGGUUUCAUUGCCUUGGCGGUCCUCAAUUCAGCAAUGAAUCCCAUCAUCUACACUCUGGCAAGUAAGGAAAUGCGUCGGGCUUUCUUCCGCCUCGUUUGUGGCUGUCUGGUGAGGGCCAAUGUCUCAUCUUUGCCUAUCCAGCCCACGCCAGAUCAGAGUCGAAGUAAAUCCAGUAGUAGCAACACUCCAAAGCCAAAAAAUGAGUUCCCACAGACUCAACUUUCUUCAUGUACACAUGAAAAAAUUGAAUCCUCAUUUCAGAAUGGAAAUUUUUGCAAGUGAAGCCUGAUAACUGCGCAAACCAAGGAUUCUUGUGUGGCUUUUUAGAGCCAAAUAGAAGCACAUUGGGUGGGAUUUCAUACUUUUCAAUUAUAAAAGAAAUGAUAACCAAUUACUUAACUUGGAGUGCCUUAGCAUGAGCCAUUUGGACCAGGUUUAGUUCCCUGAGAGAACUGACUUGGGCAAGGCAUUUGCAGUGUCUCAAAGCUUCUACAAUGUCUGUGUGAAGAAAGAUGGCACCUUUCACAUGGAUGUUCUUGGCGCACUUUGAUCCAAAAUACAUAUGCACUAGAGAAACAGGGCAGAAAUAAUGACUGGUCAUUAAAAUAGCAUGUCAAACCUGUGUUUUGGUCACCAAUAAUUACCACAUUUUAUCUCACAUACAACCUCUCUUGUAGGCUCCGUGUGAAGCAUGGCUGUCCAUCAA